CUUGACGCGAAGUUACACAAUAUUUUCUCGCAGAAAAUUCUUGAAAACAGGACAAAUCAAGCAGAAAUGGCCUUCCGAUUCUUCAAAUCGCUAUUCCCAAUAGUUAAGGCUCAAGAGGAAGAGGAGUUGGUCGAUCCUCAACAAGAAUUACGUGAAAAGUGCUCACAAGAACCACACGCUUCUAAGUUGUACGAAAAGUUUCAAACAUGUCAGGAUCGUGUUAAUUCACGUACAAAAACAGCUGAAACAUGCCAAGAGGAGCUUUUUGAUUACUUACAUGCGUUAGAUCAUUGCGUUACCAAAACUUUGUUCACUCGAUUGAAGUAAAAUUCCUGAAAAUGAUAAAAUUAAAGGAAAAUCUUUCAAAAGAAACACAAGUUUAAUGUAGAAUAAACUAAAUUCAAUUUAUUUCGUUAAUAACAAGAAAAAAACGUGUAACAUUUAUUUUGUUGUGCGAUGAUGAGGAUUCAAUAUCGAUGAAUUCUCCAUCCAGCACAUUCUUAUUGGAAUCAAAUAAAUUCUAAUGAUUAAAAUAAUCAUGAGUACACGAUACAAAAUAGCACGUUAAUAUUGUUUACAAUUACAGUCAAAUUAAAUGAGUGCGUCACAAAUUACGAAAAGAAUUAUUUUUUAAUUACUUCCAGUUUGAAGAACGUUAAAGCAAACAUGACAAACACGAACGGGUUUGUUUAUGCCAAACUUGAUAAUUGGAAC